UGGUCCUUUAACAAAGCGGAAGUUGACAUUGAUGGAACUGUAAACCGCGAUGGCGUUUGAUGUCAAGUCCAGAGCGAAGAGGUACGAAAAGUUGGACUUCCUCGGAGAAGGCCAGUUUGCCACAGUGUACAAAGCAAGAGACAAAACAACAGACACCAUAGUCGCCAUUAAAAAGAUUAAAGUUGGCCACAGAACUGAAGCUAAAGAUGGUAUCAACAGGACUGCCUUACGAGAGAUUAAACUACUGCAGGAACUUCAUCAUCCAAAUAUUAUAGGGCUGCUGGAUGCAUUUGGACACAAAUCAAACAUCAGUCUGGUUUUUGACUUCAUGGAAACUGAUAUGGAGGUGAUCAUCAAGGACACCAGCCUUGUCCUGACUCCAGCUCAUAUCAAAGCCUACAUACUCAUGACUCUACAGGGUUUAGAGUACAUGCAUCAACACUGGGUCCUACACAGGGAUUUGAAGCCCAAUAAUCUGCUGCUUGAUGGAAACGGAGUGUUAAAGUUGGCCGAUUUUGGUUUGGCCAAAGCCUUCGGCAGUCCUAACAGGGUCUACACUCAUCAAGUUGUUACCAGGUGGUACCGCUCUCCUGAGCUUCUGUUUGGUGCCCGAAUGUACGGAGUUGGUGUUGACAUGUGGGCGGUCGGAUGUAUUCUGGCAGAGUUGCUCCUUCGGAUACCUUUUCUUGGUGGAGACUCUGAUCUUGACCAGCUUACCAAGAUUUUUGAAGCGCUUGGGACCCCAACUGAGGACACAUGGCCUGGAGUCAGUAGUCUACCUGACUACGUGCCAUUCAAAAUAUUUCCUGGUACACCUCUUGAACACAUAUUUAGUGCAGCUUCAGAUGACCUACUAGAGUUGCUACAUGGCCUCUUCACAUUUAAUCCUUCAACCAGGACCACAGCCACACAGGCUCUGAAGAUGAAGUACUUCAGCAAUCGGCCUGGUCCCACCCCGGGACCUCAACUUCCCCGACCCAACUGCUCAGUUGAGGUUCUACGAGAGAAGGAAACAGUGGGGCACAAGAGAAAAUUGGAAGGCCUGGAAACAGCUCCUAUGAAGAGGUUGAUAUUCUAACCAGAUGUGAAAGGCCCCGGGCUCAUGUUUGUUGGAAUAUCAAAGAUACUGCUGAAUCCUGCUGUCCAGCAGUGAUAAACAGUACGACCUGUGGUCAACAUAAACUUCUGUGACGUCUGAGCUCCAGCCAGCAACUCCAUCUGGAUUUUGGAUAUUUAUGUGACCUCAAAGGAAGCAACUGCACUAGCAAGCCUAGUUUUGAUUUGACGUUAUAGACUAAAGUAUUGGGAUUGGCCAUGACACCCAAAAGAACGUAUGCAAGGUUAAUUUGAGGGCCUAGUUUACAGUCUCUGUUCGUAAUUCAUUUUAAAAGUGUUUUGGGAAGUUAUGUUCUUCCACAUGAAAGUCUACACAAUGCCUUCGUGGAGCAUGUUUGUGGUUUGGGUUCAGUGAUGCUGGAAAGCCUUCCUCAUUCUGUUGGAACUAACCUCGGAUUGGUUCACAAAAAGUAUGUCUAAACACUAGUGUCCAUACUAGAAACGACAUAUGAUUCCCUCCAAAAUCAAUAAAGGCUGCAAGUACAUAAA